UCUCUAAGGGAUUUCACUAAUUAACCAUGAUUUGAUUUAGCAUGAUGGUUUAUUAUCACGGUCCAUUUACUUAAUUCGUUGCAUCAGAUGUGAGAGACCCUUUUUCUUCUGAGUUUGGUUCGGUCCGUUCUGGGGCAAAUCUCAACAAUGAGCAACAACAAGACGUUUUUCUUCCAACAGUCGAGCCAUCGCAAGACCCCAAAGCGGUAUAGGAAAACUCCAGAGGAACUGCCCCAGAGUCUCAGGUUUGCUCAUCUGAACCCAAAAGUCGCUGCAUAUCUAGCCAGCAAAGAAAACAAACUAAAACAUCCUGAUGAUUCUGAUUUUACUGAUGGGUCAUUCUUGGGUUUUGACAGCAUUGAUGAAUCCGCUCAAGGAAGUGUCAGGAAAUCCAUGCUUCCUGAAAUAAGUGAAGCUGUCAGUAAUGUCAAAACUCAUUUAAAUUCGUCGUUUGGAAUCAUAGCCGAUGAACGAACACAACGUUUGCUUUUUGAGGAAAGUAAACUAACCUUGCCCAAUAUUUUGUUACAAUUGGAAAGGCUAUUACGUCAAAUAGAGUUUGAGUGCAUCCGUGUUCACAUCCCGAAAAGUAUUGAACAUAGACUUCUGCAGGGUUAUAAGGAAUUGACAUCCGAGGCAAUCUUAAUCUAUCGUGAGUGGCAAACGAUUGAGGCGAAAGUUGCAUACGAGAAAGAAAUGGCAAGAAGAAGCGAGGAGGAAAAAUUGACAGAUAAAGAUUCAUCCCUUUCUGCGAUUGAUGGUGACAGUGGUAAACAUGAAAAAGACGAUCACCACCAAAAGAGGAGAAAGUCGGGAAACAUUCAGAACAAAGUGCCAAACCCUAAAAUUAGUUUACAUGAUAUUUCGGAGGAUGAAGAAGCAGGUGAAAAUGUCGGACUAAGUACAGAUGCUGGGUCCAGCCAACGUAGGGUUGAGCGGUCUGGGUCUGUCAUGAGUAUUCAUCAUCAUUCUCGUGAUUCGGGUUUGAAUGUCAAAAAGACGAGACUUGAAAAAUUACGCGGGCUUCAUGGUGGUGGAUUAUCUUCAAGUCGGUCCUCGUCAAGGGGGUCAAGUAGUGGUACUGUUUCUGACCGGAAAUCAUCUGUACGAAAAAGUUUUGCUCUAGGAGAUGAGUCAUCAUCUUUGCUAGGGGAGUCAAUAUCAGAAAGUCAAAAAUCAAUCAUUCAUAGUGGUUAUUAUGUGCCCGCGAUACAGUUUGCAUUGUCUUCAAAAGUCUGUGAGGAGAAAGGUUGGAUUGUUCAUGAUGACAGGAAUGACAUUGAGAAAGAAACCAUCCUUGAAUGGGCGAGGCAGAAGCUACAGUUGACAUUGAGAGAAUCACAUGCUCAGUAUGCUAAGUCGCUGGCGCUUGGUCAUGACAAGCCGAUUCAGAUACGUUACUAUGGCGACCAAAAGAAGGAGGCCAUGUUGAAAUACAAUCGGCGGGGUCCUGCCAACGUCCGCCCCCAGACGGCCUUGGUGAAGGGCUUGUAUCCCAGAGUACCCUCGCUUCUGGAGCAUGACAAACUCAAAAGCAAGGAGACACAAGAUUUGUUCUUAGCAGCCAUACCUGAUGGGACCAUGAUAGUCCAUUACCCGUCCGGGCGAGUCGCCAUUCAGAUCAGUUCAGCCGGCAUGGAGCGACCAGGAUUCUAUACGAAUGUGUUUGAUGACAGUUCCGACAGGCGAGUGCUGGCAAGCUUCACGCCUACGGGGAAGGGAUGCUGCUAUCAUACAAAUGGAUAUGUCAGGUUUCUCUCGUCAGAUAAAGGAGGUAGGAUGUCUGAACAAAGUGGUGCUCUCAGCAAGACUUGGAAGUGGCCCGCAAACAAUGCUAAACUGCCUGUGACAAUCAUCAUUCACUUGAAUGACAACAUCACCUUCCGUUGCUCAAACCUCUACCAGAUGCAACUGCUCUUCACUUGUCAAAAGGAAACUGCCAAAAUCAAUGUUAGUGCUGUGAGUGGCGCCGUGGAACCAAAUAAUCGCGAGGAAAUGGGCCAUCUCCAGACUGGAUUGCCAUUCACAUCCCAAGCAGCCAAAGAAUAUGCAAAGCCAUACCGUCCAAAACCUAUGGUCAAAACCGAAAAGAAGAAAAAGAACAAGGACUUGAAGGAUAAAUCCAAAGCUCAGCUCACUGAGCUGAAAAGCUUAUUGGAGUUGCCUGAAAGUGAAAGACAUGACUCGGAAACAGAUCGUGAUCUUGCGAAAAUCCAGAGAAAGAUCAGAAAUGUCGUCGAAGACUGGAUGGAUCAUUACAGAAUGUCCCUGGGAAUCAGCUCGCCCCAUAUCCGGAACAUGCGAGAUGUCCCGGAUGUUCGAAAACGUGGCGUGCAGUCGGCCAAAUCAUCGCCGGGUGAGGUCAUCAGUGCGCGGGAGGCUGGAAGUCCAUUGCCUGACACUACAGACAUGCAGAUGAGGUCACCAUCUGCACCCCUUAUGCGAGUGUCGGCUCGUUCGCCCCGUCCCCACACUGCUGCCUCGACCCAUCCCUCUUCCGCCUCUGGCGUGAAGUUCGACGAAGAAUGUGUGGAAAUCGCGUCGCUUGCCAGGAGUACGCCAUUCCCACCGUCGUUGAUCGGGGACAAAUCAAAGUCGCUAAGCUACACAAUGACUAAACCCAAAAAACCCUUGCCAACAAUUCCGGAGAGAUCUGCCGGUAGUCGUUCCUCAAGAUCCAGGCAGAGACCAGUGACAGCUGGCCCGGAGUAUCUUCCCCUGCCGCCCAAGGGUAUUUGUCCCGUCUCCCUACAGAGGGAGCUGCUAGGAGAGGAGCCCUCACUGUGUAAAUGCAACCGUUACAAGAUCCCAUACAUAACGGACGUCGAAUAUGACGAGUUGAUCCGAGAAUCGCCGGAGAAACAGCUCAUCAUUGUUUCCGUUGUCUCAUCACUAUUUCCUGAUGCUACGUCGGCCGCUCUCACGCUGGAGCAGAUGUACAGCGAACGUCACAAGAAUCGUACGAGGCCUUGUAACGAAUCGAAGCUCGACCCAUAUAGGAUCUUCAAGUAUGACGUCGCUACGGCUGCCGAGUACACCAAUUACACCCAACCACUUCUUCUGAGGAGGCAUAAUGUGGUUGCUGGGAUGUUUCUGAUGUACCAGAACAGACGCCUAUUGUUCUGUGACCAUAUCUUCAAUGGGUAUGGCAAUGCCAAGAAGGAUUUCAACAAACAGCUCAUGAAGACCAGGAAGGAUGCUCUGAUGGGCUUUAGCCUUCCGCAUGAUUUCAGGUUCAGUCCCUCACGUGGUCGCCAUGGUAUGCGAUCAGCUUGGGGAGGUGAGAUAGGUGGCGCAGGCGUAGAUAGACACGGCAGUCCAGGCAUCACUCUUGAAUCAUCUGUAAUCUUCCAUCGAACCGAAUCCAUCUCUUCGAACAGCAGCGACGGCCGUGAUUUGCCGUACGCAGAUUUCCCAAUUAGGAGUGUGACCGCCCACCCGACCUACCGUCAAGCCAUACCCGUUCCCAUCCUGACGUCUUCGAGGAAGCAGUACCGUGCGGCAACCGCACCAGCGUACAGAAUGGUAGUUUUCAGCGACUUCAGGGCAGGCCACACAGCGGCAGUCAAGUAAACAAUGACAAACUUUUGAGUGCACUACCGCCAGCACAAUUUCCAAGCAUGUUAAGGAUGACAUUUAGAAUUUCAUGACCAGUCUGUAGGCUCAGCUGUUGGAGAUUUUCGCCAGUGCCACUUCACGCUUCAUUCAAUGAAAAUGCAACCUUGGGUGACAUAACGAGGCAUAUUGCUCUGAAACUGAUGCAAAAUCUGGACAUCAUCUUACUUCUGCCAAUUGUGGUACUGAUUCAAAGGCCUCAGAGGAGUUUUGGCCAACACAUUAAAAAUUGUUUUGAUACAAUGCCUGUGGACUGCGUAUAUCGUAGUGAUAGCUUAUGUGGAGAUAAGCCUUACUGUUACAUACCACUUGAUCGGUGAUCACAUCAAAGAAAGCAUUUUCAUUAAGUGUUGCAUGACAUGACGCAUGGAAGAACAUCUAAUACUUGAGCCUACGGUAAACCAAAGGACCUAUGGACAGUUGUCCAAUGUGAUUCUGAAGGAUUUAGAAUCAUGAAGAAAAAAUUCGGUCGUGAGGGAUCAAAUCUGUUGCAAAGCUUUAGCAAAGAUGUCUUGUUCUGUAAAAUGUACACCUGCUGCAACGUGCACUGAAAUGCACAAAGGAACACUAUGCAUGUUGUAACAUCUUUGUUAAAGCUACUUCACACGAUCAAAAAAAUGAUGAUGAAAUUUAAUCAUUCACAAAUCGCUUGCAAAAAUGCACUUGUACAUUAUCAUGCUUGUAAAUAAGAGAGAGGUAUUCAUGAAGAUUUUCAAUAUACACAAUCAGCUAGAUAGAGAUUUAUUUUACUGAAGACUAUUAUUAUUAAGAGAUGAUUUUUAUACAUGUAAAGUAAAGGUUUGUUCUUUUGCAAUAUUGCACAUUAGUGAGAAAUAUACAAGAGGAAAAAUUUACAAGUGCCUUUAUUUGGAGUACUAAGCAUCAGUUGUAAGCCAUUAUAACAGGUGACCUAAAUGUAUGUAUCAGUUACUUAAAUAAGCUUUAUAAUGGUAGAAGACCAGUGCUACCUAUUGUAUAAGCAAUUAGCUGUUGAUUGUCAGAUUUUUAUCAAUUUGUCAAAUUAAGGGAUAAGACAAAUCUGUUUUUAGAUUUGGUCGUCUUUUAGUCGUACUACAUUUGUAAGUACAUGUAUAAAUAAAAGCUCUCUUUCACA